AGCUGGAUCUGAUCAUCCUGCUAGAAGUAGAACAUGAAAGUAUAAAACGUGAUACUUCCUGUUGCCACUAGGUGGGGCUCUCACUAUUAUUGAAUAUUAUUACAUAGACGUGUUCAGGGCGGGACUGAAGUGAACAUGUGAAGUGUCCUUGCGAUCGGAUCAUGUACGCAGACGUUAUGACAAAUCCCUCUUUCAUGGCAAAGGUUUCGAAAUUGGAUGCCACAAAUCUGAAGUUGAUGCUUCGCACGAUUUGUGCUCGAGCCCUAAUUAAAGACUUGUAAGAGGACAAGUAUGUGUUCUGUUUUCAACAUCUGUACUACAAGCAACCAUUCUGCCGAAAGUCACCAGUCAUCUACUAGUAAUAUAUUUUAUAUAAUAAUAUUAUGUGAACUAAAUGAUUUCUGAAAGAAAAUGCAAUAAUUAUUCCAACCAGCAGGGAGCCAUAAUACCUACAUGAGAAAGGUCUGAGGAGGGAGUUCUGUGGAUGGACUUCACACACACUGGACCUUUUAAAGAAACAGACCAACAAUAUACUCACUAAACUCUCCAGUGAACUCAUCAAAGUGCCAUCAUGGCAGCCGCCAGUCUCUCUCGCUCUGGAUCAGCCGCUCUGACCUUUGAGGAUUACUCUCUCUAUAAUAACCUGAGUGAUGAAGAGCUAGUGCAGGUUGCCAUCGAGCGCAGUCUGACCGACGCGCAAGGCUACACUGCUGCUGUCGCUACCUCACCCCCUCACCCCCUUGACAGCAACAGCCUGAACCCUACAGCCAGAAACCACCACCACCAAAGCCACAGCUCCCAUAAUCCACCUCCAGACCAGACUGCCGCCCACUACAGUUCUCCAAAUCCUCCAAGUGAAACGCCUCCUGAUCCGAAGACGUUUGAUGGGACAAUCAGUCACUUCAUGACAGGUUCUGGGAAGAGGAUGAUGGCGUAUCGCAGGGCCGACGGCAGUUUGGUCCACAUCGUUCCAGAACCUGAAGAGGAGGAGGAGCCUCUGUUCAAAGCAAUUCGUGUUGGUGAUGCAAACAAAGUGAAAGCGCUGGUGACAUGCUCAGGAACAAACCUGAUGCUACCGAAUAAACCAGGUUGGCUCGCCAUUCAUCAGGCGGCAUGGUAUGGCCAGGACACUUGUCUGAGAGUGCUGCUGUCAGCUCAGCCAGGGAUGAUCAACAAGCGAACGGAGCGCGGUGAGUCAGCAUUGCUAGUUGCCAUCAGCAAAGAGCGGCUGCAGUGUAUUGAGGUACUGCUGGAGAGAGGAGCUGACCCAGACAUCCCAAACUACGACCGAGAGACUCCGCUCUACAAAGCCUGUGAGAGGAACAGUGCUGCGAUGGUGGCGGCACUGUUGAACCAUGGUGCGGCAGUUAACACUCACUGUAUUCAGGGUUGGACUGCCCUGCAGGAAGCUGUGUGCAGGAACAACAUGGAGAUCUGUGAGAUGCUGCUGAAGGCUGGAGCCAAACACAACCUCACCAACAUGUACGGCAUCUCACCGCUCUUCACUGCGGCUCAGAGCGGGCAGCUCGCUGCGCUGCGCUUCCUCCUCAAACAUGGUGCAGAUAUUAACAGUCAGGCUGCUGACGGAGCCACCGCUCUGUAUGAAGCCGCUAAAAAUGGACACGAAGAAGUUGUGGAGCUCCUCCUCUCUCAGAAGGCGGACGCCAACAAACCUGGAAAGCAGGGAUUAUUACCGCUCCACAUCGCCGCCCAGAGAGGAAGUGACACCAUUGUCUCCAUGUUGAUCCAGGCCACCAGUAAGACCAGAGUCUGCCGGACUGGUAUCAGUCCACUCCAUCUUGCCGCUGAACGUAACCGUGACGACAUCCUAGAGACUCUGAUCGAGGCCGGCUUCGACGUCAACGCUCAGCUGUCUGUAGAACGAUCAAAGCUAUAUGAGGACCGGCGCAGCACGGCGCUCUACUUCUCUGUCAUUAACAACAACAUCGACGCUGUGCGCAUGCUGCUGGCAGCUGGCGCCAACCCGAACCUGGACGUGUUCAGGCCGCUGAUGGUGGCGGCGAGGCUGGGCUGCAUCCAGACCGUCACCUUGCUGGUGGAGCACGGUGCUGACAUCAACGCCUGCAUCCCCACACACCCCACCACCUUCCCCGCCGUUUACAUGUUCUCUAUGAAGUACCUGCCCAUGUUCAAGUACCUACUGGACCACGGAGGCCACGCUCUCUCCUGCUUUGACUGUAUCUAUGGCAACCAACCUCAUCCACCAGUCGAAACCAGCAGAUUAGUGAGGGGUCACCUACGCUACAGUGACAGCAACUUGACAGACACGCAACAAAUUAGAGGCGUUCAGUUCUGUGAGAUGAUCUCAGCCCCCAGUAUCUGUCGGUGGGCGGGGCCAAUCAUUGAUGUCCUAUUGGACUACGUUGGUCAUGUGCCUCUCUGCUCCAGACUGAUGGAACACCUGAACAGUUACUCCGACUGGAGCGUGAUCAAGGACAAAGCAGCUCCUCCGCGGCCUCUCCUUCAGCUCUGCAGAUUGCAGAUAACAGAGCUGGUUGGAUGUCAGCUGGUGAAGAAGUUACCACUGCCUGGAAGUCUGAUCCGCUUCCUGAAACACCAGGAGGGACCUGUGGAUGACUGCUGAAUGCAUAUUAUGUGAAAAAGUAAACAAAAUCGCUGAAAUAAAACAGAGAGUGUGGCAGACAAUAUCAGACUGACUGAAUGUGGAAGUAGCCUAAAAAUAAACCUUUAUUUUACUAUCCACUGCUUUAAACUGAAACUGUCAUAAUUAAAUCAUUCAAGGAGUUACUGUCCUUUACACAAAUGAACAGUUGUACAUUUAAAGUGGAGGUUCAUAUGUUACUCAGAAAACUGGUUUAUUUGCUUUAUGAAGUCAAAUUAAAACAAAGUUUGGAAUAUUUCUGAGCGUGUUAAAUAAAUUAAUUCGAUUUUUGAAGUGAGUUGACAGACUAAUUAUUCAUUACUUGCAGCUUUAAAUAUCAUAUGCCUUUACAUAUAUAUUCUUGAUGAACACAAUAUACAAGUAACAAUAAUUAUAGUCACAGUCUUAAAAUGAUAACAGUACUUAACUGAAUGGCAGUAGUCCUACCUGUAGUAUUUGAAUGCAGUCUAACGAAAAUAAUGCAAAUACAGACAUAAAAUGGAAUUAGUGUAAAACCACACCGUGGUUUCUGAUAUAGUGACUGCUGACUGAAAGAACAGGAACAGGAUUAAUGAAUCCCUGUUGUUAGUCUGGUCUGGAUCAGGCUGCACAGAAUAAAUCUCAAUGUGUCCAACUCUUCCUCACAGGUUAGUUAAUGAUGUUACUGAGUCAAUGUCAGCAGAUUGUGUCUGUAGAUUGAAGAGAAUCAGAGUCUCACUGAUGGGGGAAAUAAAGGUUUUACUUCCUUAAAACAGCCUUUUUUUUAAUGGAGUUUGGUGUGACAGUGUGGAGCAGAGGGGAUUUAAACCUUAAUAAUUCCCAUAAACUGAACUCACCUACCUUUGAAUAAUGAAUGAUGAACAGACAGUUUCACUACUCAGUAGGUGUCCUACAUCAGGAAUGAAUGGACAUCCUGCAGCCAGUCAGAAGGAAAUAUUCACCCAGACAGUAUAAACUCAUAUGAACUUCUAUCAAUCAUCAGUUUUCCUGCAUUAUUACUGCUGUUUACCCGUUAACAUAUCUUUAUUAAAGUCGGGUUGAAAAAGA